GAUGGCGGAAUAUAUUAUCAAAAUUAACGUUGGGGGAUUAGCUUUUGAAACCAAGACUUCAACUCUCGCAAGAUACCCGGACACUUUGCUAGGAAGACUUUCGCAAAACUCCAAGUUUUACGAUAACAAACGGAAAUGUUAUUUUUUCGACAGAAACCCCAACAUUUUUGUUUCCAUCCUGGAUCUUUACCGUACAGGAUCCCUCCAUUUUCCCUCGUAUCUCUGUGGAACUAUCAUUCAAGAUGAACUCGAGUUUUGGGAAAUUUCGCCCGGAUUAUUGGGUGAAUGCUGUUUUGAACAGUAUCUGAAAUCGGAGGGAGACAUGAACUCUACUCGGACGCUGAAGGAGACAUUUGAGCAUUACGGUCUGGAUUACACGGAUGAAGAGUGCCGCACAAGUAAACGUAAACGAAUUCUUCGGAAAAUUUGGCUGCUCCUAGAAGAACCAUCUUCAUCUAGACUAGCCAAGGGAUUCAAUGUCUUCUUCUUGACAGUUGUCGUAAUUUCCAUGGCAACCUUCGUCCUGGGAUCACAGCCAUCCUUCAGAGAGAAAAAACUGACACACAGCUAUCUCUUGUUCAUCAUCGCGUACUCAAACAUUCGAUUCUUUGAUGAACUAAAUUUGCAAAACCCGAAAGAAGUCAUGCUUGGUACAUCGUUGCCGAACAAGGCAAUAAGGGACUGUGAGAUUUUCACCUCGGUUUUCUUCACCAUAGAAAUGAUGUUACACUUCAUUUCUUGUCCCAGAAAGGCCCGAUUUUUCACGUACCCACUGAAUGUCAUUGACCUUCUGCUGGUAAUUGCCAUGUGGGUGACCUAUGCCCUCGAACAAGACUUGACCUUACUAGUGACGACAUAUGAACUUGUGCAGUUUUAUUUGGUGAUGAAAUCGUUGUUUGUGUUGCGUCUUUUUCGAGUUUUCCGCUUGAUGAAACUUUACUCAGGCUUACGAAUAAUGAUCAUGUCGAUCCGCGCGAGCCUUAAAGACCUUCUACUGCUAUCGCUGUCGUUUCUUCUGGCGUCUCUGUUCUUCGCCAGUUUUAUCUACUAUGCAGAAUUCUAUGUGUCCGACACGUUUCCAGACAUUUUCAUAGGAAUAUGGUGGUCGGUGGUAACUAUGACAACCGUUGGAUACGGCGACAUGUUCCCAAAAUCGACCUUUGGUUACUUUGUGGGUGGAGUCUGCGCUUUCUCGGGGAUGCUUAUUUUAGCAAUGCCCGUGGCAAUUCUUGCAACGAACUUCAACGAUUUGUACCAGAAAAACAAAUUGCGUGAGAUGAAACACAAACUUUUACAAACCAAAAGUAAAAGAGAAGAAACACUACACAUCCACGUUGCAACUGUUUCUCCUAUUGAAACUCAAGGAAAACGUCCUGCCACAAUAAAGUGCAAUUGGUGAUGAAUUCAACGGUUUGUUUUUGUUUAUGAAAUGCAAUAAAAUUAGA